AUGGAGGGAGCUAUUGGUGUGAGAAAAGGUGCAUGGACUGAGGAAGAGGAUGCGUUGCUGAAGGAGUGGGUGGAGAAAUAUGGUGAAGGAAAAUGGCACCAAGUCCCUCGCAGAGCAGGGUUGAACAGGUGCAGGAAAAGUUGCAGGUUGAGGUGGUUGAACUAUCUGAAGCCCAACAUCAAGAGAGGGGCAUUCCAAGAGGACGAGGUUGACAUGAUCAUUAGGCUUCAUAAGCUUCUCGGUAAUCGAUGGUCACUGAUUGCAGGGAGACUUCUGGGAAGAACCGCAAACGACGUGAAGAACUAUUGGAACACCCAUUUGGUUAAAAAGGUCAUCUAUCACAAGCCGAAAGAAGACGAUCCACAGAGGAAAUUCGCCACCAAAAUGAAUGUCAUCAGGCCUCGACCUUGGAACCUAUCAAAGAGCUCAGCGUGGCUCAAGGGAAAAGCCACGCUGGUGGCUUCAAUGACUCCGACGGGUGAAAACCUUGGACAACAAUCUCCAAUGUUGUCUCGUCGGAACAAGGAAAGUGCGUGGUGGGAAAAUCUGUUCACGGACAACGACCCCGACAAAGUACUCAUCACCUCAAGGAGAGGCUCGGAAGGACAGCGGGACGCGAAGCUAUGGCCACAGAAUCUUGCUAUGGAAGAGGAACAAAAUGGUUGGAACGAGCUCUCGGUCGAUGCGGACAACGACCCCGAUAAAGUAAUCAUCACCUCAAGGAGCAGCUCGGAAGGACAGCAGGGCGCACAGCCGUGGCCACAGGAACUUGCUAUGGAAGAGGGACAAAAUGGUUGGAAUGAGCUCUCAUUCAAUGAGGACAUUUGGGAACUUCUUGGCGCGAGACCUCAAGCAGAUAUCUAG